CCUGAGUGAGCAGUGACUUCCCGACUACUGGUGCAACUGCACGUCUAUGUUAAUUCAUAACAAAAUCCUUAACAUCAAGUCUAAAGUACAACUUAACGAAACGUUUUCUUCGCAUUGGACGGUACCAACCAGUACUGAAUAUACCAGUCACCGCGCGCUAACUUCUCAGUUUUUUUUUUUAUAAUACCCGUCAGUUGAUUGUUUAUCUAAAUGGCAAACAUGUUAAUAAGGACUAGACGGUACAAGUGCUACAGGAUUGCUACUGUAAUUAGAGUGAUAUUAGUUUUGGGCAUACCUUUAGUUUAUUUGAUGCUCGGCAAUGUUCAGUCGGAGGAAGAUAUGUUAAAAUCUACGUUUCAUUCAGGUUUUGAUGCGGCUAAUCCACAGCGUAGGUUGCUGAGCAUCGUUGAAAGAGAAGAGAGGAACUGCACUCCCGCAGCAAUUUUGGAGUUUCCCUCCGAUGGUCUCAGCCGGUACCAACGGCAACAUGGUUACAUAGCCAUACAUUGUAUAUUGGCUAUAUACUGCUUCUUUCUUCUGGGAACGGUGUGUGAGCAGUACUUCGUGCCGGCAAUAGAGAUGAUAUGCGAACGUCUAAAUAUAGGUAUGGAUGUGGCUGGUGCUACUUUCAUGGCCGCAGCUAGCUCUAGUCCUGAGCUGUUCAUCAACUGUGUUGGUACUUUCGUCACUGAAGGAGAUAUUGGAGUUGGAACCGUCGUAGGAUCAGCAGUGUUCAAUGUAUUAGCUGUACCAGCAUUUUGUGCUCUCAUUGCGGGCAAAGUGGUGGACUUGGAUUGGUGGUCAGUAUCGCGGGAUUGCGUGAUGUACGCCGUGGCGGUAGUGGCACUCAUCCUCACGCUACUCGACGACGUUAUUUACUGGCACGAAGCACUCCUACUGGUGCUCAUGUACAUUUUCUACAUAUUAGCUAUGGCGUUUAACGGCUGCCUGGGAACAUUCUUUAGGAGUGGGUGCUGCACUUUCAAUAAGCCCAAGGCGUACACCGAAAUCACACCUCUUCUAAAUAGUGAAAAAAAUAACACAUUAUCGUCGGUUCGACGCAUAAGCCUAAGUGUCCAAACAACAGAUGUGGAAUCAGCAGUGCAGUCUAAGCGACACGACUCCACAGACUCAGAUGCGCUCAGCACCUACUCGAUGUGGUCAUGGCCUGGAGAAAAGGUAUCAUUCAUGAAGAAGCUGCUAUGGAUAUUUUCCUGGCCAAUUAAUCUGGUGCUGUGGCUGACGAUCCCUGACUGCCAGCGUCGACCCAACUUGUACCCUUUGACCUUCGCCAUGUGUGUAACAUGGAUAGGAUGUGUCUCCUACCUCGUCGCCUGGAUGAUCACUGUCCUAGGUGAUACUCUGAACGUGCCUGACAGCAUCACAGGUCUGACGAUAUUAGCCGCAGGCACCAGUCUACCUGAAGCUGUCUCCAGUGUCCUGGUUACUGUGCAAGGUCACGGCACCAUGGGUUUAAGUAAUUCUAUAGGAUCAAAUACGUUCGACAUAUUGCUGUGCCUGGGUUUGCCCUGGUUGAUUAAGUCACUCGCCUACCCUACUGUACCAGGCCAUCAUUACGUAUCAAUAAAUUCCAGUGGUCUAUCCUACAGUGCUAUAUCUCUUCUAUCCACACUCUUCACCUUAUACGGAUGCUUGUUCCUGAACAAAUUCCAGCUGGACUGGAAGAUUGGCAUCACAUGUGGACUUAUUUACAUCGGCUAUUUAGUCUUAGCAGCUCUAAUAGAAUUAAAUGUGUUCUUCACAGUCAACUUACCCAUUUGUCCACAUUAAAAUCAAACAAAUCUGAUUAUUUUUGUAAUAAUUUUCCUUCCUCUCUUGCUGUGGGCCCAAAGAAAAACACGGGAUAUAUUUUUGGAUUUAUUAAAUGUUUUAUGAAAUAAUUAACUUUUUCGAUUGAGGAAUGUUUUAUUAACUUUUUUUGUACUUAAACUGUGUUUAGUUUUAUUUUAUUAUUAUUAUGUAUCAAGCGUGUAAAGUGAAUGAGUUUAUUUGGUAUUUGGAUAUACCUAUGCUUCUCGAAUAUCUAUUGUGAUGUUACCAAAAUGUGUUAAAAACAAUGAAAAUAUUUAU